UCUAAAUCAAACAAACCAUCAUGAACACAUAUAGAAUGCUCAUCUUUGCUGGAGUACUAUUAGCAGGAAUCCUCAACUCCGCUGCCCAGAACUGCGGCUGUAGCCCGAACUUGUGUUGUAGCCAGUGGGGUUAUUGCGGCAGCGGUGAUGAUUAUUGUGGACCCGGCUGCAGGGAAGGACCAUGUUACUCGACGAGUGAUGUGGAUGUUGGUAGUAUUGUGACAGAUGCGUUCUUCAAUGGGAUCGUGGAUCAAUCCGAUGCGGGUUGUGAAGGGAGAGGGUUUUUCACGCGUGCUGCUUUUCUUGAAGCCCUCGGAAACUAUGCUGAGUUUGGUUCCGCUAGUUCAGAAGAUGGUUCAAGGAGGGAGAUUGCAGCUUUCUUCGCGCAUGUCACCCAUGAAACCGGACAUUUUUGUUACAUUAACGAAAUAAAUGGUGCUUCACGUGAUUAUUGUGACGAACUUAACACCCAAUAUCCGUGUAACCCUAACAAGGAUUACUACGGGAGAGGUCCACUCCAAUUGUCAUGGAACUACAACUACGGUGCAGCUGGUAAUGCCAUCGGGUUUGAUGGGCUCAACAAUCCUGAAAUUGUGGCCACAGAUCCACUCAUGUCUUUUCAGACGGCCUUAUGGUUUUGGAUGAACAAUGUCCACUCAGUCAUUGGUCAAGGGUUUGGAGCUACCAUUCGAGCUAUCAACGGAAUGGAAUGUGAUGGUGGCAAUCCAAGCACUGUAAGUGCUCGUGUCGAGUAUUACACUCGAUAUUGUAGCCAACUUGGAGUUACACCAGGUGAUAACCUUUGGUGUUAGCUUAUUUGUAUUUAAAUAUUUAUACAAUUAUUGUUCAAAUUUGGUCAUCCGUAUAUGUAUUAUGUAUGUUACUCCAUUGGAAAUAAAUAAAGAUAACGUGUGAAAUAUGACUUUUCAAAUGUUUUAA